GUUCCAAACAUCUACUAGAAGAGGAAUGCAGAUUUAAACUGAGUGAGGUGUGGAGUGGGGGAAGCUGACUGGGUCUGGACCAAAGAACUUUGGGGAACUUGCCCAGAGCCCUGCACGCAUCAGACCUACCGCAGACAUUGCAGGCCCGAAAAAAGCACCUUUUCUGCUGCCAUGACAAUCAUGCAAGGAAUGGAACAGGCUACGCCAGGGGCUGGCCCUGGUGUGCCCCAGUUGGGAAACAUGGGUGUCAUACAUUCAUAUCUGUGGAAAGGAUUGCAAGAGAAGUUCUUGAAGGGGGAACCCAAAGUCCUUGGGGUUGUGCAGAUUCUGAUUGCCUUGAUGAGCCUUAGCAUGGGAAUAGUAAUGAUGUGUGUGGCAUUUAGUUCUUAUGAAGAACGUCCCAUUUCUGUGUAUGCUGGGUACACAAUUUGGGGGUCCGUGAUGUUUAUUAUUUCAGGAUCCUUAUCAGUUGCAGCAGGAAUUAGAACAACAAAAGGUCUGGUCGGAGGUAGUCUAGGAAUGAAUAUCACCAGCUCAGUCUUUGCUAUAACAGGGAUCUUAAUCAAUGCAAUAAGCUUGACGUUUUAUUCAUUCAGUUACCAUUACUGUAACCGGAACCAGUUGUCAAAUAAUUGUUACAUGACUGUGUCCAUUUUAAUGGGUAUGGAUGGCAUGGUGCUCCUCUUAAGUGUGCUGGAAUUCUGCAUUGCUGUGUCCCUCUCUGCCUUUGGAUGUAAAGUGCUUUGUUGUAGCCCCGGUGAGGUUGUGCUAAUUAUACCAUCAAAUUCUCACAUGGCAGAAGCAGCACCUCCCACACCACUUAAGACAGUUUGA